AUGGUUCCGCUGCAGCUAGUCGGAGCCUCGGAACACUUCAGUGUUGGAGUUUGGACUUGGAGCAGAGCAGCUGGAACAAUUUCUCGUCUCUUGUGGUUUUGGUCGCGGUUCCGCCGGAGCCGGCGGCCCGACGCGAACCCUGACGACCCCGAGGAGGAGGCAGAGAACGUGAGGAACGACGAAGCUGAGAGAGCAAAUACGAGAAGCAAGCGGGGGAAGAAAUGGAGGAGGAUUUUUAGGAGGAAGAACAGGGAGACGGGGAUGGAGGUGGAAGAAGAAGCGGGAGAGAGCAGCGCAGAGCAGGGGCCGGCCGGGGUGGAACACCACCGGGACGCCACCGAACUGCUCCCGGCUCCAGCGGAGAACGCUGAACGUCCUGCUGGUGGAGAGGAAGCCAUCGACUCUGUGCCGGACGGAGGUGACGAGAUGGUCGACCAGCGUCAGGAUAACGAGAUCCUGAUGGAGACAGAAAGCGAGGACGUCAAGGAGCUGGCGAACUUCCUCCUGGAUGAAACCGAAGCGGAGAGCGAGCGCAUCACGGAGCUGACGGAGAACACGCUGGAUGACUUGGAGGCGUCGUGCAGCGAGCUCGAGGAUAAGAUUUUGAAGCUGCUGGAGGAAGCUGAAGCUGCUGAAGCCAGGAUGGAGGAGUUGAAGCGAGAAGAGGCUGAAGCCUUCGCUCGUGAAGAUUACGGAGGAAUGCUGGUGAUGAGCGAGGGUGUCGAGGAUAUCUAUGAGAUCAUGGUCAGCGCCGGUGAUACAAGACUGAGCUCGGACGAGCGUUCACGCAUAAGGGUCACGCCCUUCUGGUAUGAAAGUGGCCUGCUGUUCCCCAGACACGCCAGGAGAAGGGACGGGAUUUAGGAGGAGGAGGAGAAGUGGAGCUCCGGAGACGGGCAGCGGGAGAGGAGAAACUUCUGAACCCCACCAGCACACCAACAUCAAACCAAGUCGGGGGCUAAGGUGGACCCAUCCAGAACAGAGAACAAAAGGAGAACAGACGAGCAGAAGAACAUCGGAGGAGACGCUUCUGAGGAACAUCAGUCCAAACACUAAUAAAGCACCGCAGCUCA